GAUAUCUCAAAUUUGACUGAAAUUAUAACUACGUAUCAUUGUUUAUAAAAAAUGUACCGAUUAAUUACAUCACUGGACUUGCCGAGCAAUACUAUAUCUGAGUUACAGAAAAGGGGAUUUAUUUAUGUGGAGGAUUUAUUAAAUAAUCUAGAAAAUUUACAGAAACUCAGUCUUGAUGUAUCUGUAAUUAAAAAGCUAUUACAAUUUUCUGAAAAUAUGGCCUUAGAUGUUUGGCAGAGAGAAUCUCAAAAAGAAGGUAUAUCAACAUGUUGUUCUCUUUUGGAUAAUAUUUUUGAAAAUGGAGUACAAUGUGGAGUAAUUACUGAAUUAAGUGGUGCCUCAUUCUCAGGGAAAACACAAAUUUGUAUGCAACUUUGUAUAUCUGUGCAAUUGAAAAAAUGCCAUGGUGGAUUAAAUGGACGAGCUAUAUACAUAGACACAAGAAGUGGAAUUUCUGCCCUAAGAUUCAGUGAUUUUGUAAAAGGAUGUAAUAGGUGCCAGAAAGAUUUUAAAUUGGAAGAAAAUGAAGCUUUUAGAAAUAUUCAAGUUUUAUUACCCAUGUCUUUAGAAGAAUUUUUAACUGUCAUUGAUAAUCUUAAAGUCGAAAUUAAAAAGAUCCGGAAUAAUAAACAGGUUCGCUUGAUAAUUGUCGAUAGCUUAUCCAUGCCAAUACUGUGUACGAUUGGUGAUCCAUUAAAAAGACCUUAUUAUUAUUCACGAAUUCUUCAUGAACUACACCAAUUAUGUCUUGAAUAUGAAGUGGCGAUUGUUAUAACUAAUGAAGUGAUUACACAAAUAGAUAAAGACGGAAUAACUUAUUUAGCGGCAGCUGGUGGUCAAUAUGUCUCUGAUUACGUUCAUAUGAAAUUGGAAUUGACAAGUUUGGGAAAUAAUAAUUUUGCUAUUCGGAUAGUGAAAAGUCCGAUAAGACAUGAAAUGUCAGAAAAGUUUAGGAUUACGGAAGACGGAAUAAGAAAUGUACCUUGAAAUAACUUGAUCAUCCUUUAGAUAAUAUAUACUAUUGAGAGAAGUCAGUCUAUAUUUAGUUAUGUUAAAAUGUCAAAGUUUGACAAAAAAUACUAAAGUAAGCCUACAUUCAUCGGAAUAAUCUUCUUCAAAACGCCGAUAUAUAAACUAAUAUGUAUUCAAUACGACAUGUAAUUGAGAAAUAUUGAAAAAUAUUUUUAUGGUUUGAAUGUAAAGGCUAUAUUAUUUAAAAUUGUCUGCAAGCUCAGUUUGAUGCUCCAGUUUUCAAGAUCCUAAGUAGGCACAAGCUUCCGAUGAGCUUUCAAGUUCCGCAGCAAUUGUAACCAUAUACAUUUUCACUUUAAUGUUGUGUAUUUACAUUUUUUAUGGUCGAAGUAAUCAAAUUUUGCAUUUUUUUCAAUGCUUUGAGAUAUUUGUGUGUAAAGUAUAUUGAAUCGGUGUAAUGAAAGGCUAGAACGAACUUCGAAACAUGAACCGCUUGAGCUUUUUGAGCCUUUGCAGAAGUAUAUUUAGAUGUAACAGAAUUAUUUAAUGAAAUAAUUUGUACGUAGGUUUUAUUUGUAAAUAUAUUUGAAAGCAUUUGUAAAAAAAUAAGUAAUGUUUUAUUUCAUUGCAAUGAAAUUACUUUAUAUACAAUUACAUGUUAAAUAUCAUAAAGUGUCACACUACUGACAUUGUAUUGGCAUUGUAUCACUGCAAAGAUGCACGUUCGUCAUUGCCAUUCCUUUAUCGUUACAAAAUACUUGUCGAACCAGAAGGAAGCUUUUUAAUUUCGUCGAAAGGUUUAAUUUUUCUAAUUCAAAUAAUAUUUGUAUUUAACCAUCGAGAUACAGUAUCACGGUCAGUAAAGUAAAAAGCAUGACCUCGAAGUGUAUCAGAAUUAGCUUCGUGUUCACUGCAUUCUUUGUUAUUCAAAUAGAAAUAUAACAAAAUAAGAUACAAAAUACAAAAAAUUAGAAGAUGAAGUAAUAAUAUUAUCAAAUAUGUAGUUUAAUUUAAAGAUGAAAAACCGUGCGCCAAAUUGAACUUUAGGCACGCUACUUAUUUUCAUAAAUAGCAUUUCAGCUUCAUUAGUUGUAACAGUUUUCUAAUCCUUUUUAAAUAAAAUACAACACUUAUAAUGUUUUGUAAACCUGUUAUAAAAUUCUUUAUAUGUUACAAUUUAUGAGCUUUAACAUGUUUUGAC